AUGUCAAAUGGGCUUCACCUGCGCCAUGGUGCGGCACGGAACUGAACCGCCGACACCUGGAUGUAUAUCCAUGGAAGAGGCGAUCAUGCUGCAUCAAGCGUUACAGGGCGGCCCUACCGGCCCAGGCACCGGGAUUAUCGCCCCUUCCCGGCAACAGACGGUUCCCAGUAUGAACAUGCUCGGAAUCAACCAACAGGGCGGAGGCUUUAAUCAACGCUUCGGUCAGGGUAUUGUCGGCAGCCCCACCACUAUGUUUAAUCAGCAACAGCAACCAAAUAGCAUGGCAUUUGACGAUCUGAGCAUGGGACCUUUUCCUUUAGGAACCCAAGGGUUCCCAAUGGGCGGGGGCGGUCCAUUCCCGCCAGGCAUGGGUGGCUCUAAUCCCUUCGGUACUGGUAUGCCGCAGCAGUUCGGCGGGAGGAAUGGAUUCGGCGGUCCUCAGGAUAUGAGGUUUAUUGAUCCGACUACCGGGCAGCCGGUUGCGCAGCGCGGUCCAUUCCCGCCUGUUAUGGGUGGUCCAAACUCUUUUGCCAAUGGUAUGCCGCGCCAGUUCGGUGGGAGAAACGGAUUCGGCGGACCUCAGGAUAUGCGAUUCGUUGAUCCAACCACCGGGCAGCUGAUUCCGAAGAGCCAGUUCCGGGUAAAUCAAGGAUCAAAUCAAAUGCAUGACAAGGACCAUACCGGUGGAAAUACUAAUCAUUUGCAUGGUAGUGCUGGUGUAGGUGCACAUUCCACGGGACAGUCAGCGGGAAUCACAGCUUGCCAGGUGACUAAGCGGUGUUACCCAAGUCACGUGUGUGUCCGCACGUGGUCAAUAGCACGUGGUGUGCACGUGGAGCGAUGCGUAACACCCAUGCAGCUGGUGUCGGCGCUACAAAACAUGCAAGAGGAAACACGACAGCACCUCCGCCGGCAACGCCUAGCCCGAGAACGAAGCACUGGGGACGAAAUAUUUAGAAUGCGCGUAAGACAAACUUCAGCCGAAAAUCUACCGACCGCGCAUGCACGAGAACUGUUGGAACGUCCAAGAUUAGGAACCCAGGAGAUUGUCAAACCACCGGUGAGUCAGGAACCAGUUCCGUCUGUGCUUCCGCAAGUCGGCAACGAUCCGCCGCCCCUCAUGCUAACGAUACACCAAAUGACAACAUUCGAAGAACAGGGUACGUCUAACCGACAAAUACCCCCACCUUCUAAAGUUGCAAUUGAAAUCACUAAGGUAACACCACGUGGUUCUGAUUUAAGAGCUGAUUCCAGAGAUUCAGCAGAAACGUACACUACAGGUAAGCCCUUCAAACCAGAUCCUUCCGGAAUCAGUACUUCUGAAAACACGGAAACUGUUCCAACCACUCGCUCGUUUGAGCAGACAGCGAGCCCUGACGCCGUCGAGCAAUUCGGGUUUUCAGAGCCGCCAAACGAAGUAGUCCAGUCGCAAACAACGCCUGCAGUAACGGCGGUGGUCCCGGAUGUGACGUCAUGCCAACCGUGCACAGAUCACGCAGAUUGCAAUGACAUAUUCAGUUACUGUAUCGUGCGAACAGGCUGUCCAACCAAAGUGUGUCAUACUGUUACGCCGUAAACAAAUGAACUUGACGCCGUCGCAUAUUUAUGUUUACCCUGCGUUUUUGCCUAUUUGUGUCAUUGGUUCGCAUCUACAAAGUUGUUUAUGUAAACUUAAAUAAAUUAAUGAAAAGCAUCAAUCUGAAAUCUAAGUCGAUCUACGAAUCGCAACCGGUGUAGAUUUUUGUCUUAGUUAUACUCCGGUAUAGAAUCAGCAUGA